UGUCAUAUGUGCUAUAGGAAGUGUGCUGUUGCUGCUGCUCUCAGACACAACUUCCAAGUAUCUCAGUAUUAACAGUCGGCUCUGUGAACAGUAACAGUAUGCCUGUGCGGGUAGCCAUGCAGGGUCCUGGUCCCUGGGGAUUCAGGCUGGUUGGGGGAAAAGACUUCGAGCAGCCACUGACUAUUUCCCGGGUCAGCCCCGGGAGUAAAGCCGCCCAGGCCAACCUGUGUAUCGGAGACAUGAUCUUGGCUAUCGACGGAGAACCGACAGAGUACAUGACUCACUUGCAGGCGCAGAACAAGAUCAAGGGCUGCAUAGAGGAAAUGGUGCUCUCCGUAGACAGGACAGAAAAUAAAAUGUGGUCUCCGCUUUCAACAGAGGAAGGGAAGACGCAUCCAUACAAGAUGAAUCUUGCAUCAGAGCCAAAGGAGGUGAAACACAUCGGCUCUGCCCACAACAGGAGCGCUCUGCCGUUCAGCGGUUUCGGCUCCAAAGUGGUGACCAGCCAGUACAACAACCCUUCCGGUCUCUACUCUACAGAGAACAUCAAGAACUUCAACUCGGCCGUGGACGAAGUGAAAACCCUGGCUGCGCCCAACGAGCCUGCCAGCAAAGCUCCAUCAGAUCCAGCAGUGGCGGGCACGCGGCCGGCUGUAGCGGCAGACUCGGAGGUCUACAAGAUGCUGCAGGAGAACCAGGAGUCUGAUGAGCCUAUCCGACAGUCGGCUUCAUUCAUGGUGCUUCAGGAGAUUCUCGAGACAGGCGAUGCUGAUAAACCGUCGGGGUUCAGGAGCGUUAAAGCGCCGACAAAUAAGAUGGGAUCAUCAGUGGGAAAUACAGAAAAGUUAUCUGUCUGUGACAAAUGUGGAUCCGGGAUUGUGGGGAUGGUGGUGAAGCUGCGGGACAAGUUCCGUCACCCCGAGUGCUACACCUGCACAGACUGCAACAUCAACCUAAAACAGAAGGGACAUUUCUUUGUGGAUGACCAGAUUUACUGUGAGAAGCACGCACGCGAGCGGAUGACUCCGCCCGAGGGCUACGACGUAGUCACCGUCUUCCCCAAGUAGAACGCCCCGCGGAGCUCCGCCUUGGACUGCACGACAGUAUAGGACGCCCCGACAUAAUUCAAGACGUUACAACAUUUAGCUCUUGCUACUCCUCAGACUAUGAAAUGGUCUUCUCUCUCGCAAUACGCUUCAGUACAGUCACUGGCAGGCAGGACAGUAAAGAACUACAUGUUUGAAAAUGUUGAUUUGCACAUUAACUUUGGCAUCUGCAAAAGGAAAAUCGCUGAAAUGACGGUAUUCUUCUUUUUUUUUUCUCUCCCUACAAAAAAAAUGAUUUUCUAUUUGAAUGAAAGUAGCCACUAUGUGUCAGUAAUGUUUGUCUUUGUACAUGUUCAUUAUGUUCAUUUGAAUCAUGGAAAUAAUGGAAACUCAGACCACUUUUAACCACAAGACACUUGAUAUGUUUUCUACGGUUUUUAUUAAAUAAAUAGACCAACUUUUAUGCAGUAAAAAGGCUCAAAAACACAUCUGAAUAUCAUUGCCAAAUAAAUAUUUUUAGCUUAA